AUGGCGCUUUGUCAAAGUUGCUCGGAAGAAACAAAAUAUCGAUGCUUACUUUGUCAAAAACCGACCUGCAAUCGCUCAACUAACUGUUCGAUUGCUGCAUCCGAAGAAUUACCGGGAUGGAAGGCUGGUGUAGCAGUUGGCAUAUGUAUACCUUGUGAAGAAAGUAGAGGAGUUGUCGGCAGCAAACGAAAAGAAAAUGUAGACUUGAAACCCGACACAACUAUGAAACAUAAGUCCCAAGCAUCGAAACCGCAGGCACAGAAAAAGCGCAAGUGUUUAACCCUUCAACAAAGAAUGGAAGUGGUUCGCUAUUCGAAGGACAAUCCGGGCAGUGGAUACAGAAAAAUAGCCGAGCACUUUGAAAUAGGCAGAACGCAAGCACAAAAAAUUAUUCAAAAUAAAGAUGUUAUAAUCGCCUCGUAUGAAAACAACAUCAGUCCAGUUCAACAAAAAAGAAUCCGUGUCGGAAAAUACACCAAUGUGAACGAAGCGUUAUGGGACUGGUAUUUGAUGUGCAGAAACUCGAACAUACCUAUUUCGGGACCGAUGCUUCAAGAAGAAGCUCUCCUAAUUGCUGAAAAAUUAGGAAUCAUUGGGUUUUCUGCGUCGAACGGCUGGUUAGAGUCAUUCAAGAAACAGCACGGGAUUUGCAAUAUGUCAGUGGCCGGAGAAGAAGCUGACGUUAGAACGGAAACUGUUGAAACAAAACAACGGAAUACGUGGGCCUUUUUUGUGAAUGCUGCUGGGGAAAAGAAAGACCCUAUCGUGAUUGGAAAGUCUGCAAAGCCUAGGUGUUUCAAGAAACUGAAAGAUGUCAAACGUCCGUAUAAGUGCCACUAUUUCUCAAACCAGAAAGCUUGGAUGAACUCUGUUCUAUCGAAGUUGAACAAACGCUUGAUCAGGGAGAAGAGAAACAUUAUUUGUUUAUGGAUAACGCGCCAUGUCAUCCUCCAUGUCUUGAAGGGAAGUUUCCCAACUUCAAAAUUGUAUUUUUUGCCGAAAAAUACAACAUCCAAGACGCAACCUUUGGACGCUGGGAUAAUUGCAAACUGGAAGGUAAAGUACAAAAAGCGACUCCUCCGAUACGUAUGCUCCAGUGCAGAUGGAUCGAUUAACGCAUCAGAAAUUGUUAAGUCGAUUAAUGUUCUCAUGUCCAUUGAAUGGGGGAGACAAGCAUGGGGCGAGGUUUCCAACAGCACCAUCAAAAAGUGCUUUCAGAGCACAGGGAUAUAUCCACAAGACUCAGUUGUAGAAGACGAUCCAUUUGAAGGUGAAGAGCUGUAUGAUCUGCAAAAUCUUAUCGACAGAUUCGACGUACAGCUAACUGCAAGUGAAUUUAUUGCAGCGGAAGAGGACAUUGAAGUUUGCUCGGGUUUAGUUGAGAGUUCCAAUCCAAACUGGAGGAAUGAUCUGCGUGACGAACUGCUUCAUCACGACAUAGAGGACGAAUUGUCAAUCUUAGAAGACAAAGAACUACCAACGGGAGAACAGGAUGCAGAGUAUGACAUGGAAAGUGCACAGUCAUCAAUUAAAACAGUGCGAGAAGCGAUGGAAUUCGGUGAUGAAUUGCGAAAAUUUGCUCAAUUUAACGGGCACCAAGAGCUUUCGCUUGCUAUGUCAAGGGUGAAUAACUUGUUGAGUCAAAUUAAACUGAGCAGUCCGCAACAACAAACAAAAAUUCAUGACUAUUUUUCAGCGGUUUAA